AACAUCUGCAAGGACAGAAUCAUCAACGCACAAAUGCGGCAUAGAUGGGGCGUUAUCCACUAAAAGCAGUGCCUUAACGAUGCUUGAGCUCAUGAAAGCGAAAAUUCUGGUUUAUCAAAUCAACAACGAAUUCUAGAUAAUUAGUAGCUGUUUGAUUCGGUCAAAUAAAGCAAACGUGCUCUCUAACUCUCUGAUAUAUAUUUAUCUGAGGUUAUCCGUCCGCUUUUAUUAAAUUAUUGAUAGCAUUAGCGCGAUAAAAAUAUCGAUAUGGAAAACGAAGAACCAGAAGAUAUAAACGAUAAUAAGGGCAGUGUAGACACUAUUAAUAAUAAAAAAGUACUGAGCAAGUACACUUAUCAAGGAAAUAAAUCAGCAGAAGGCGCUGACAAAAUUACUUCCUCUUCAGAAAAUGAGGUUGAAGAAAUCCCCAAAGACGAGGAAACAAAGUCAAAUGUACUUCAAAUAUAUCCCGUAUUUGGUGGUUCGCAGACAGUUGAUGGUACGAUUCACAAAUCACCUUCAAACAAUCAAUCUCACUCAAUGAUACGUAAUCUUUCACAUAAUUGUGAGGGUUCUUCAUUUACACUUAUGAAGUAUCGUGGAGGUAGACCAGGACUGUUCACGAUGACCACUAGAAGUCCGCAUUCAAGCUCCAGCCAAGAAGACUACGAGCUAGAGAACAAACCGCUUCAUGCACAAAAUAAAAAAAAUCUUCUAGUAGCUACUGAAAGUGCGGGCCAAGUAACUGCUAGAUCAAUGGAAUCAUUGAAAACAUUGCGCAACUUACAUGAGCCAGAGUCAGAUUACGUUGAAGACUCACGUUCCUUGGAAUCACUUUAUGCGAGCACUGAGUCCCAAAUCACUUCGAGUUCUAAUAAAGGUCAUCAUAGAAGUUUUUUAACCUCUUCAAAAUUAGAUGUUAGAAGAAUUCAUGCGGUUGAAUCCAAAAGCAAUGAGAAUCUUCAUCGCGAGGAAAGUCUUAAAGCUGAGAUUAGGAGGGGAUUAUUUGCUGCAAUGGAUAGAAAUAAACUUCAGCAUCUAAGUUUACCUGGAGCCAAUAAUUUUAUAUCAUUAACGAGUCCCGGUGGUAGCGAUAGACGUAUUACUAUAUUAAGUCCACAUUCACCAUUAACUGCACCAGAUGUACAACAGGCCUUUGCACUGGGUCAAACACUCAAAUCACGGAGGAAGAAGGCCAUCGUCUUGCCGAGGUUGGUGUUGGUACAAAGUGAAUCUCCAAUUUCCGAUUUCGAUGUCGAAAAUGGCGCUUCAGCGUUGGAUGGUGCCACUGGUGGAGGAGGUGGUACAUCGCCGAGUACAGGUCUGGUACUCCAGGCGAUGCCACAAAGACGCGAAAGCUUCCUCUAUCGUAGUGACAGCGAUUUCGAAAUGUCGCCAAAAUCUAUGUCCCGUAAUAGUUCAAUUGCUAGUGAAAGGUUGAAAGAGACCGAGCCACCCAUCGAGCGAGCUCACGGCGAGGAUCUCAUUGUUACGCCUUUUGCACAAAUACUUGCCUCGCUACGUUCUGUAAGAAACAACUUCCUAUCGCUCACUAAUGUACCUACAAACAAAUCGCGUAGAAGCAGCGGAGCCCAAAGCAGCAGCACACCACAACCUAGGAUGCUUGUCCCCGGAGAAGAACCCUACAUGAAACUAGCUGUCGAAACAAUGGAAGAACUAGAUUGGUGCUUAGAUCAGUUAGAAACUAUUCAAACCCAUCGAUCCGUAUCUGAUAUGGCAUCUUUAAAGUUUAAAAGAAUGUUGAACAAGGAAUUAUCUCACUUUUCGGAAUCCUCUAAAUCCGGAAAUCAAAUUUCCGAAUAUAUCUGCAGUACUUUUCUCGACAAACAGCAGGAACUGGACUUGCCCUCGCUGUGUGUCGACGAUGCGCUGUCCAGUGGAAUAGAUAGCCGUGCGGCCAAGAAGAAAGAUCGUGCCCAGCGGGGUCCAGCUGCCAUGUCACAUAUAAGCGGUGUCAAGCGACCCCUCACUCACACCAACAGUUUUACCGGCGAGCGGGUACCACUUCAUGGCGUCGAAACGCCACACGAGGAGGAGCUCGGAAAGUUAUUAAGCGAUAUCGACAAGUGGGGUAUCGAUAUUUUUAGGAUAGGCGAGCUAAGCAAUAAUCGACCACUAACCUGUAUCGCUUAUACCGCUUUUCAAAGCAGGGACCUUUUCAAGAUUAUCAUGAUCCCACCCAAGGUUUUCGUCACAUUCGUUAUGACACUCGAGGAUCACUAUGUCAAAGAUAAUCCUUUUCACAACAGUCUUCAUGCUGCCGAUGUUACACAAUCCACGCAUACUCUACUUAAUACUCCUGCUCUUGAGUCCGUUUUCACACCCCUGGAGAUUACAGCAGCCCUCUUUGCCGCAUCUAUUCAUGAUGUUGAUCAUCCAGGUCUCACCAAUCAAUUCCUUAUUAACUCAAGUUCAGAAUUGGCUUUGAUGUACAAUGACGAAUCGGUAUUAGAAAAUCAUCAUUUGGCAGUUGCGUUCAAACUGCUGCAAAACGAGGAUUGCGAUAUUUUUAAAAACUGUUCGAAAAAACAACGCCAGACCUUGAGGAAAAUGGUUAUCGAUAUGGUACUAUCUACUGACAUGUCAAAACACAUGUCGCUUUUAGCAGACCUCAAAACAAUGGUAGAAACUAAAAAGGUCGCUGGAUCUGGAGUAUUGCUACUUGAUAACUAUACUGACCGAAUACAGGUUUUGGAGAAUUUAGUGCACUGUGCCGAUCUAUCAAACCCAACAAAACCGCUCCCGCUGUAUCGGCGUUGGGUCGAUCUACUCAUGGAAGAAUUUUUCCAACAAGGUGAUCGCGAACGUGAACAAAAUAUGGAUAUCAGCCCUAUGUGUGAUCGACAUAAUGCAACCAUUGAAAAGUCCCAGUUCGGUUUCAUUGACUAUAUUGUGCAUCCGCUAUGGGAAACUUGGGCGGACCUUGUUCACCCUGAUGCACAAGAAAUACUUGAUACAUUGGAAGAGAACCGUGACUGGUAUCAUUCGAUGAUUCCACCUUCACCACCACCUGACUAUUUCCAAUCUGAAGAUCAGCAGCAACCCGAUCGCCUACACUUUCAGAUGACAUUGGAUGAAAGCGAAGAACCACACGGCGAUAUCGAUAGCCCCGUAAAGGUCCACAGUCAUUCGACUGACCAAGAUAACACUAGUGAUCCCGAGGAUAUCCCUGCUGACGCAGAAAUGUGAUCCAGGCUUACCAGCUUCCGCUGAAAGCUCUAUGAGAAAAUACAGCAAACUUUGUGGCACGUGUAUCGGUGAAACUGACCACAAGAUACCCGAGACUCACCUACAGCCAUUGUUGCGCUAUAUAUGUGC